AUGCGCAAAGCCGGGGGCGGCCUCUCGGGGAGCGCGCCGGGCCUCACGGGUGGUAACGACCCCCACUUAGGCCCGGCCUGCCCGAGGGCCCCGGGCGGCGGUGGCGGCGGCGGUGGCGGCGGCGGUCCGGGCUCCGACUCCACGUACGCCCAUGGCAACGGUUACCAGGAGACGGGAGGCGGUCACCAUAGAGACGGGAUGCUGUACCUGGGCGCCAGGGCCUCGCUGGCCGAUGCGCUGCCCCUCCACAUCGCACCGCGGUGGUUCAGCUCGCACAGCGGUUUCAAGUGCCCCAUUUGCUCUAAAUCCGUGGCUUCUGACGAGAUGGAAAUGCACUUUAUCAUGUGUCUGAGCAAACCUCGCCUCUCCUACAAUGAUGACGUGCUGACCAAGGACGCGGGCGAGUGCGUGAUCUGCCUGGAGGAGCUGCUGCAGGGGGAUACGAUAGCCAGGCUGCCCUGCCUCUGCAUUUAUCACAAAAGCUGUAUAGACUCAUGGUUUGAAGUGAACAGAUCUUGCCCGGAGCAUCCUUCUGAUUGACCCGCCGGGCGUGCUUGCUGACUUCUCUCUAAGGGCACCUUGCUAUUACCUGCUGUACCUCCUCUCCCCGUCCUCCCCGCCCCGCCUGGAGUUUUGGGCUGACUUUAAAUUCCUCGAGAAGACAAAAAUAAAAACCCAGAAACUUGAAUCCACUUGGGACAACAGCGAAUUAUUAUAAUUUUUUUA